AUGCUGAUUCGCACUUGUUUCUUUUUUGCCUGCCUGCCCGUGGCGAGCCAUGUCUGGGGACGAGUGGGCCAAGGGUCAGGCCGGCUGAAACUCACUGUCCUUUCGGAAGACAGGCUCCAAAUGAAAUGGAAAGAGACUGAAGGGAACAUCAACGGCUACAAAGUUCGGGUAAAGCCCAUGGCAGGGGACUCAGAGCAAGAAGUCAUGCUGAAAACCAAGACUCCCAAAGCCACAGUGGGGGGGCUGAGCCCUACCAAGGAAUACACGCUGCAGGUCUAUGUGCUCAACGGCUCCCAGGAAGCACUGUUUGCCAAGAGGAAAUUUGUGAUAGAGGAACUCAAAAAUGCAUCCCAGACUAGAAAUAACCGAAGAAACUCAGGAGCUGCAUCAGGAAAGAAUCUCACCUCUUUGGGGAACCCAGCAGCUGAGCACGGUGGGGUGGCAGAGGCCACCCCACCGCCCCUGAACACUGUCUUGACACAGCCAGCAAAGGACAGAGCUGAAAAGAAAAGGCAGAAGGGGAUUCAGCUAAAGGGCUCAGGAGAAACGGCAAGAAACCAGCCCAGUGUGGAGGCCAGCAUGACAGAAGCAACACCAACAACCACAAAAUCAUCCCAGCGCCCUCCUGCAAACCCGGAGCGAGGGUCUCUAGGAAAAGAAAAACCCACAAAGGAUUCAUUGAGGCGAGGUUCCCAGUUUCAGUGUGACACAUCUGCAAUGACUGAUAUCAUCCUGCUUGUCGAUGGAUCCUGGAGCAUCGGACGCAAUAAUUUCAAGCUCAUUAAGGAGUUUCUGAGCAAUUUGAUUUCCCCAUUCAAUAUUGCCCAAGACAAGAUAAGAGUAGGGCUGUCCCAGUACAGCAGCGAUCCCCGCACAGAGUGGGAUCUGAGCGCUUACUCUACGAGGGACCAAGUGCUGGAGGCCAUGAGGAAUUUGCGGUACAAGGGCGGCAACACCUUCACAGGUCUGGCGCUGACCCACGUCCUGGAGCAGAAUCUGAAACCAGAUGCUGGUGCCCGGCUAGAGGCUGAGAAGUUGGUAAUACUCCUGACUGAUGGAAAAUCCCAGGAUGAUGCCAACCUGGCUGCUCAGACUUUGAAAAACCUGGGCAUAGAGAUAUUUGCCAUUGGGGUGAAGAACGCAGAUGAAGCAGAGCUGAAGCAGGUGGCCUCAGAGCCGCUGGAGCUCACGGUGUACAACGUGCUGGAUUUCCCGCUGCUGAGCUCUCUGGUUGGCAGGCUCACCCGGGUCCUGUGCACCAGGAUCAAAGAGAAGAACAACAAGGAAAAUGCAGGCAGCACUGUGAAAGAUAUCCCUGUGAACAUGGGUCCCCAGCUGAGCCCAACUGACCUUAAAAUAUCAGCUGUGACCUCUAAGAGCAUGCACUUGACCUGGAGUCCUCCUCUGAGACCACCAAAGAAAUAUCGGAUUGUAUAUUAUCCAUCUAAGGGUGGUAUCCCCAAAGAGGUGGUUUUAGAUGGAGCAGUCUCCUCUUUGCGCCUUUCCAAUUUGACUUCGCACACGGAGUAUCUGGUGUCGGUGCUUCCUAUUUAUGACACAGUUGUUGGGGAUGGGCUGAGAGGCGUCACCUCCACAUUGCCUUUGUCCUCCCCUCGCUCCCUGCGUGUCUCUGAGCUGAGCCACAACAGUAUCAGGCUGAGCUGGAAGGCAGUCCAGGGAGCCACGCAGUACCUGGUGCUCUGCUCCGCAGCCCCCAACGGAGCAGAGGACUAUACGAUGGAGGUGAAGGUGGCCCAGCCUGAGGUCCUGCUGGACGGGCUGUCGCCCAGCACGGAGUACUCUGUCGCGGUGUAUGCCAUGUAUGGGGAAGACGCAAGUGAUCCAGCCAGCAUCCAGGAAACCACCUUGGCCUUGAGUCCUCCCAGAUACCUGAGCUUCUCCGAGCUCAGCCACGCAUCCGUUCGAGUCAGCUGGGAGGCUGCGUCUGCAGCCGUGAAAGCUCACCGCGUCACCUAUGUUUCUAGCAGAGGGAGCAACACUGGGGAGGUAGAGGUUCCUGGCGCUGCAACUUCCACUGUCCUGAGACCUUUGUCCUCCCUCACCCAAUACUUCAUCAGUGUCCAAUCUAUGUAUGAUGAAGGGGACUCCUUUCCAAUUACUGGCAACGUUACCACCUUAAAGGUCCCCCUGCCACGUGCACUGAAGGUUACCGAGCUCUCUGGGAGCAGCCUCCGACUGCAGUGGGAAGCUGUUGCUGCCUCUGAUGUGGUUGUCUAUCAGAUCAAAUGGAGCACAGUCGGUGGAGAGAAGCCUCAGGAGCUCUCCGUCGCUGGAAAUGUGGCAACUGCUGUCCUGCCAGGCUUGCAGAAGAACACUGACUAUAAAAUAUCCAUCUGGGCCUAUUACAAAGAUGGUGCUCGAAGUGACACGGUUUCUGUUCAGCACAGGACCAACUCCCGGAGCCCACCCACCAACCUCUUCAUCGACUCCGAGACCCCCACCAGCCUCCAGGUCCACUGGACCCCACCUGAUGGCCGUGUACAGCACUACAAAAUCAUCUACAACCCCGUUUCUGAUGCCGGUGCUCAGCAAACAAUCAUGGCUUCUGGCAAAAGCAGCAGUGUGACCCUGCAGUCGCUGCUGCCUGAUCGAGCCUACAAGGUGAUCGUUUCUGCCAUCCACUACACGGGAGAGAGCGAGAGCACGUCCACAACGGGACGGACAGCUCCGGUGUUGUCCAAAUUCCCUUCAAUACGAGGAUUCAUUCCAUCUAAAGCAGAGG